CACGCAGGCGCGACAAGGGCGCUGCUCCUGGUCCGGUCUGGUGGUGUCCGAGCUGCCGCGGCCGGAGAGGAGUGGCCCGGAACUGCUUGAUUAUCUACAUUUACAUUUCUGUGCCUGAUAGAAUUUCGAUUCAUCAUGGAUAAUAUGUCAUCAGAAGAGAUUCAACUGAGGGCUCACCAGGUUACUGAUGAGUCUCUGGAAAGUACAAGAAGAAUCCUGGGUUUAGCCAUUGAGUCUCAGGAUGCAGGAAUCAAGACCAUCACUAUGCUGGAUGAGCAAGGGGAACAACUAAACCGAAUAGAAGAAGGCAUGGACCAAAUAAAUAAAGACAUGAGAGAAGCAGAGAAGACUUUAACAGAGCUCAACAAAUGCUGUGGCCUUUGUGUCUGCCCAUGUAAUAGGACGAAGAAUUUUGAGUCUGGAAAGGCGUAUAAGGCAACAUGGGGAGAUGGCGGAGACAAUUCACCUAGCAAUGUAGUAUCUAAGCAACCGGGCCGAGUAACAAAUGGUCAACCUCAGCAACCAACUACAGGAGCAGCCAGUGGUGGAUACAUUAAACGUAUAACUAAUGAUGCCAGAGAGGAUGAGAUGGAAGAGAACCUGACUCAAGUGGGCAGUAUCCUAGGAAAUCUAAAGAACAUGGCCCUGGACAUGGGCAAUGAAAUUGAAGCUCAGAAUCGACAAAUAGACCGAAUCACAGAAAAGGCUGACACCAACAAAGAUCGUAUUGACAAUGCCAAUGUCAGAGCAAAGAAACUCAUUGACAGCUAAAGCUACUGCUGUACUUCUCUAUCAUUUAUUUACUUCAGUUCCUCCUCCUAAAUCAUUACCUUUUCAGAGUUUGAUAUUUUGGUUCCAUACUCUUCUAAUCUGGAGAUAAUGUGGAAAAAGGGCCAGAGACAGCUUGCCUGAUUUUUUGAUUUUUUUUUUUUUAAUUCCUGUUUGAGGGUAGACUGUUGCUCAUCCUUCCUUCUAGUAUUUUCUUUCUCAGUUCAUAUUCUUAGAUUGGUUUUCACACAUCACACAUAUUUUCUUCCUUUUCAUUUACUUGAGCAAUUUUUUUUUUUUUUUUUCAAAAUUCUGAAGCAUUGCCAAAGACAGCCACGAAGAAGGGAGCUAUAGAGGUGUUUUUUUGGUUUGGUUUUGGUUUUGUGGUGGGUGAAGAAUGAGAGAUGAGAGGUCAUCAUUUCAGUAAAAGCCACAAACAAGUUGGAUAGCCGCAGUAAAGAUCUAGUUGGAUUUAGUUUUUAAAUUGCAAUUUUUGCCAAUUAAGGCUAAUGCUUAAUUUUGGAGCUUUUAUAUACAAUAUUUUUGUUAUACAUCACUAUUUUUGCAACCUCUGCUCCAAAGAGUAUAAUUAGUUUUCGUUAAAGUGAGCUCAAUUUCUGAACUCUUAGUGAUUCAUUUAUAUACAUAGAUUUUGUUAUCUCAUUUCAUAUUGCACAUUCAGGAAAACUUUGUAUAAAUGAGUGGCUUUUUAUUUUCAUAUUAUUAAUAAUAUCAUGGUCCCAUUACAGGCCUAUUAAUCUCAUAAAUUUGUCAUUAGUCUUUGAAGAAAAGUAUAUGUAAAUACAUAUGUGUAAUAUGAGAAUUUCUCUCAAAAGCAGGGCUUAAAAUUUUUGUGGAAGUUUGAUAAAAUAUGUCAUGUGAAUUCAGAUUUACCUCAAUGUUAAGAAUUAUGUUUAGAUUGGAAAAAGGAAUUUUAUUUUGAUCUCACGUAGAAAAAUAGUUAUGUAGCUUUAUACAGUUAUUAAAAGUUAGAAUUUAUUCUGCCCUACUAAAAGUGGUUUGGAAAAUUAAUUUGGUUUAAUUAUUGAUGAUUGCACUGUCAUUCUUUUAGCUUUGUGUAUUGAACUAUGUUCAGAAUCAAGUUGAUGUAAAUCCUGAACAGUGUUGUGAGAAUCUAAUUGGAUUUGUCACCUUUAUUUAAAAACUAGCCUCUGCACACUUUGAACCUAGGGAUAUGGAUUGGUUUGACCAAUAGCCACUGCUUGAUUCUCAUAAUUAAACUUUGUAACUAAUUAAUGGUAUUGUUCUUUAAGAUAGGUAACAUGUUUCUGUGACUGUUAUUUUGUGGACAGUAAUUUCAUCAGCUGCUGUUUAACAAAUUGAAUAAAGCAAAGGUCCAUAAGUCAAGAAGCACACCAAUGGAAA